AUGUCAGUCUUACACAAUGAAGAGAAUAUUAUUCAUCCUAAGAGAUAUGUCGGUUUCGAUACCGUAACAACACAGAUUGAGAAUCGCUUGUUAAAGAGAGGCUUUCAGUUUAAUAUCAUGGUUGUAGGAAGAUCAGGCUUAGGAAAGAGUACCUUAGUGAAUACGUUGUUUUCAUCGGGCUUGGUACAAUCGAAUGGCAGGAAAUCUAGUGAAGAGCCGAUUGAAAAAACAACUGAGAUUAAAGUUAGUUCGCAUGUCUUGUCUGAAAAUAAUGUGAGAUUGAAUAUCAACGUUAUCGAUACGCCGGGGUUUGGCGAUCAAAUAAACAAUGAAAAGUGCUGGGAACCUUUAGUGAAAUAUAUAAAAGAACAACAUUCUCAAUACUUGAGAAAGGAAUUGACUGCUCAAAGGGAGAAGCACAUACCGGAUACCAGAGUCCAUUGUAUACUAUACUUCAUCUCACCGCAUGUCAAUAAAUUGAAGCCUUUAGAUAUUCAGGCACUCAAAAAGUUGUCGGAAAUUGCAAAUAUUGUACCAAUUAUUGCUAAGGCAGAUUCCUUAACCCUUGAAGAAAGGUCACAAUUAAAAAAGAAUUUGCAAAAUGAGUUUAUUAAAUACAACUUCAAUAUUUAUCCAUAUGAUAGUGAAGAGUUGUAUGACGAUGAAAGGCAAUUGAAUGCAGAUAUUAAAUCUUUGAUUCCUUUCGCUAUCGCUGGAUCUGAAAAAGAGAUCCAAAUCAAUGGUGAAACAUUCAGGGGAAGACAGACACAAUGGGGUACUAUAAAUGUUGAGGAUGUCUCGCAGUGCGAGUUUGUGUUUUUGAGAGAUUUCUUAACGAGAACUCAUUUACAAGACUUAAUUGAGACUACAGCUCUUACACAUUAUGAGACAUUCAGAUCGAAGCAAUUAAUUGCCUUAAAAGAGAAUGCCAAUAAUCCAAACAGACAAUCUAAUCCUUUGCCUCCCCAGCCCAACAAUCAAUCCCAGUCUCAGCAAGAUUUAAAGUCGAAUGGUGCGGCUACUCAGCGUCCUUAG